AUUGUCACAUCAUCUGACUUGUUUGGAGUACACAUGUUAAAUGUGGAAAAUCAUCUUCAAGAAUAUGUUUUACUGAGAGUAUACUGAAGUAAUAGAAAUAGAACCAAAGGGACAAUGGAGACUGUCAUCCUUCAUCAGUUUCAAAGGGGUCCAAACAUCCCCAACUUGUCACCGUUUUGUCUGAAGCUAGAGACGUAUCUACGGGUGGCCAAUAUACCUUACCAGAGCAAGUUUGGAAUAAAGAUGUCGUCUAAGGGUAAAUGCCCAUGGAUAGAGCACAGGGGAACGUCAAUAGCGGACUCGCAGUUCUGUAUAGAAUAUUUGAAUAAGGAAUACAAUGUCAACCUUAAUGCACAUCUGAAUGACGAACAGAGAGCCAUCUCGAGAUCUUUCAAAUCGCUUCUCGAAGACAGUCUUGUAUGGACUAUGAUACACCGAUGGCUAUGGAACGAGGAAAUGCGGACGUUGUUGAAGAUCCCCAGGGUGCUUUGGUGGGUGGUGAAGCGUUCAGUGAGAAAGGCCAGUUGGGCCCAUGGAAUGGGAAGACAUAGCCCAGAUGAGAUCGCAGAAAUAGCUAGAAAAAACAUGGACGCUAUUUCUAAUCUCCUAGGGUCAAAGAAGUAUAUGUUCGGAGAUGAGGUAUCUGAACUGGACUGUAUAGCGUUUGGUGUACUUGGACAAGCGCUAUGGCAGAUGCAAGGAUGCCCACAUGAACGUUUCAUCACACAAGAUUUUAGAAACUUGACGGAUUAUCUGAAUAGGAUGAAGACUACAUACUGGGGAGAUUGGGAUGACUGUUUGCAUAAAGGAGAUAAACACAGCUUCACGUGAACAAGCAGCAACUGUAGAAUUGUCAAACUAGCAUCUUAAUUGGAUUAUGAGGAUCACAACUAGCCUCAAGUGUCAGAAUCUAUGUUAUCUAAUUUAAUUUAUUGUAUUCACUUUUAAAACAGUGGAACUUAGUUAAUACUACUGCAGCAGAUAAAACAUAAAAGUACAAGUUGUACUAUGGUCAACAGUAAUUAGACUCGCUCCAAGUAUCAUUGACUUCUUUAUAUUUAAAAGGAUGUAAUGUUCUUGUAAAAAUCAAGACAAAGAAAUAUGACCCGGAUGACAAACAGCUAAUCAUGAAAAUAAGGCCAUCCUAUAGAAGGGGAGGUGUUAUGCACCAUUCAAAGAAUAAGGAGUAAGGACUUUUGAAAUGAAAUUUUAAUUUCAUCGUCGUAAUGUCGUAAUGUUGAUCUAUUACGCUCUUUGUCAGACAAGAUUUAUGAAAAUAAUCACUAAGGUCCAGCAAAGAGGAGAAAGAACCCAGAGCGUUAGAAAUGACAGACAUACAUCUCUUGACUACCACCUUCGUUUGUCAGAAUUUUCACCGGCUAAUGUAUACGAAUACAA